AUGGCGACAUAUCCCAAGUUUUCUUUCGAAACCUCGGCUGACGAGGUUGUGACCGCAUUCGUUGAUGAGAUUAAAGGGAAAAAUAUCCUCAUCACCGGCACCUCUUUGAACGGCAUCGGUUUCGAAGCCGCUCGCGCCCUCGCCAAGCAGGCAAACCUCGUCAUCAUAACGGGAUACAACGACGAGAGGUGGUCUUUCGCAUGUUUGAAGCCAUUCCUCUCAUCGACUCGUAGAUUGAAGUUAUCUGAAGACGCAAUCAAGAAGGACAGUCCUAGCGCCAAUGUCAGACGUCUCAAGCUUGACUUGUCGUCUCUUUCUGCCGUCAGAACAGCUGCAGCAGAAGUUAACGCAUAUGCCGAGCCGCUCCACGUGCUUAUCCACAAUGCUGCCGCCGCCCUCGGGCGCUUCAAGGUCACCGUCGAUGGGCUUGAGAGCCAGAUGGCCACAGACCAUGUCGGCCCGUUCCUCUUCACCAAGCUCUUGAAAUCAAAACUCCUUGCUUCAACCACGGCAAGUUACACGCCUCGAGUGGUGUUCGUGUCAAGUGGCGCGCAUGCAUUCGGGAAUGGCGUCGACCUUGCUUUGAUGAAAUCACCAGACGAAAGCAAAUACACUGCUACCGAUGCAUAUUUCCAAGCCAAGUCCGCUAACAUUCUCACCGCUAUCGAACUUUCGCGUCGUUCCAAAGGGACGAUCCUGGGUUAUAGCGUUCAUCCCGGCAUCAUUUCCACGAAUAUCAAUACUGCGGCAGACUCAAUUCCUAUUUUGCAGGGUAUGGGCAUCCUUGACGCUGAUGGCCAACCCAAUACGAAGGACUUUGAGUGGAAGACGAUCCCUCAAGGAGCCGCAACUACCGUCGCGGCUACGCUGGAUCCUCGUCUCACGACAACUCCUGGAGCUUACCUCGACGACGCGACAAUAGCGACCGAUAAGGUCGCCAGCCAUAGCUCUGACCCAGUCCGAGCAGAACAACUGUGGAAUGCAACGGAAGAAAUUGUCGGGGAAAAGUUCGAAUUUUGA